AUGGCGGAGUGGAGGCGGUAUGCCGCCAUUCAGAAGGCUAAGAGAAAAGGCAAGAAAACAGGAGAGGAAAGCACUGUGGCGGAAGAAAUAGUAGUGCAGAGAAUGAGUGCAGAUGUAUCAGGCAAACAGCAGAAAUACACUAGGAUAGGGCCCCAGGAAUACGUGCCUUUUGAGCACGAAGAGAUAACGAUUGCGAACAUCAAAGACGCCUGCAAGAAGCACUUCAGGCCUCAGAUCGAAAAAAAUCUUAUCUGUGACGUACUGGCUGGAGAGCGCGGGCCAUCUUGCGAAAAGAUGGCCCAUAUUCCAAACCGAAAAGUGUUCUAUAUACGGUUUAUAAAACGCGAAGGAGUGGAGGUCGUUUCCGAUGAGGAUGGAUCGUUGGAAUGCAAGGUAAUAGCACAAUAAACCCGUAAUAAUCAAAAUGAAUCACGAGUUUUAUUUGCACUUUGGAUUUGGAUUAUGAACUCAAGACCUUUCUUCUAGGAAUUCUGAUAAGGACAUUUUAGGUAGUUGAGGUUUUAGUCACAGUAAAAUAAUCUUCGCGGAAGCGUUUUGUUUACUCACCGGUUUACUCGUGGUGUAUAGAAAUAUCCGUGGGGAGUGACUUUUUGCAAAGCCACUGUUAGUAUUAAAGUUUAGAAAACGUUUUAAUUGCAAAAUUAAACCAAAUCUGCAUCCAGCUGUUGCUUCCAGCACUUUAGAUUAUUGGUACUAUUUGAUACUAUGAAGUCCCAGGAGGAUUGAAAUUUCCAGGAUAGAAUUAGAAAACUUUUGUUCCCUGAUUCAUAACAAUCUAUAGAGUGUUUUCACUCACGUGGCCAGCAUCUAUGCAAAUUUAUUGGAACAAAAGAAAGCGUUUGCAUAAGAAAAAAGUUCAACUCCCACAGGAUUUGUUUGAGACACCAAAAUGGCCGCCGUUUCAUUGUUUUGGGACACCAAUAUGGCCGCCGUGACGUCAUGUGAAAACACUCUAUGGUUUUCUACAUUCCACUACAAGGUUACAAACUAGCAUUCUUAAACUCAUUAAUAAUUCGUAAGGUCGCAGGGGCGGAUCCAGGAUUUUCCUUAGGAGGGGAUACACCAAUAAGAAAUGGCGUAACUGACUGGUGAUGUAAAGAAAUUUUAAAAGCGAAUAUGAAGAGGCUUCAUCUCAGGGGGUUGGGUGUUCACCCCCUGCACCCUCCCCUUGGAUCUGUCCCUGGGUCAGCAGUCAAUAAGAUUUAUUUAGGUGAGGUGGACGGAUCUUGAUACCCAAUACCAAUAGUUAAUACUAAUUAUUUUUCAAAAGUGAGCACUUGGCCCUCAGCCUUGUGCUUUCAUCAGUUUCUCUGUGUUUGUCUGGAACCCCUGAUUAAAUACUCACCCCCCAUUGUCGAUAAUUAUAGAACUUAAAAGUCUGGCGAAAUGUUAUAUCAAUUUUUGUUUUAUCAAUGUUCAAGAUAGCAGUUUAGCAUGGUUGCAAGUUCUUCCUUUUGUUCAAUAUUUUUUGUCUUGGUCCACAGGAAAAGAAAGCAAGAUAUGAAGUUCCACAGAAAAGGCCUGCCUCCCAUCCAAGCCCAGUGAAGCCUUCGCCUGCAACGAGUAAAUUUUACCCAAAGAGCCUUUCUAUCAAGGACAUACUUAGGCUUGGAAGGGUAGUUGAUAACAAAGCCAAGAAAAUCCUGAUCUACAAAUUUGACUUUGCUCACAUGGAAUGGUCAUCAGUGCCACUCCAAGCUGAAUUUGUCAUAGAAGAGAAAGAGUUUGCAACUGGAGGUUUCCGAAAGGCAUUUAAAGCCACAAGCAUUACAGAAGGCUUUAAUAAAGGAACAUGGGUUGUUAAGAGUUAUCUGGAGAGUGCUGUUCAACUGAUUAAAGAUACAGGACAGACCACAGAAGAACAUACUAGAAAGUCAGUACAGAUGCAAUAUCUAGCAAGAAACUUUGCAUCGCAGCUGAAGGAAACAAUUGCAAAGGACAAGCUUGACGAAUAUGGAGAUUCGUUUGAAUACAAGUCUGUGUACAUGGGGAAAACAGAGGACGGGGAGCUGUUAACAGUUGAGGAGUUCAUCCCUGGAGACUUUGCAAAGUUUAUAAACAACAAUGGAAUUGUCUGUGAAGAAGAUACCAUGCUUUGUAAGAAGGCACAGGCGUUUUCUCAUUUUACGUAUGAGAAAUCAGAAGGCAAAGUUAUGGUUUUAGACAUCCAAGGGUCAGGAUAUACCUUGUACGAUCCUGAAAUAGCCUCAGCUGAGAUACACAAUGAGGAUGGGGGUUAUCAGUUCUGUACUGGCAACUUGGCUGGAAGAGCAAUUGAGUCAUUUUUUGAGGCUCAUCAGUGCAACUCCUACUGCAAGCUUCUAAAGCUGAAACUUAGACCAAGUUAGUUAAUUUCUGAUAUGUUUUGCUGUUUUUACAUGUGCUAUAUGUUUACCACAUAAGCUACCCCCACCCCUCCCCCUUUUCUGUGUAUACUGUUGUUUUUUAAUGAGGAAUGCUGUUGUGUUUGCCCUUUGUAGGACAGCAUGGAGUAGACAUAUUUGCCGUUAGAUGUAAGCUGUAA